AAACGUCCAUUUUCCUCCUCUGAAGUGAGAAUCUGCAAUCGGGAGAGGUAUCGUGCCUCCGUUUCCCGUGCGAAACAGCCCUUUUAAGACUUCUGUGACUCGAUCUUUCGCCAUCCUUUUUUAUGAGCUAAAACCCCUGACGCUUGUUGCUCUGACACUUGUAUCCAUGCAUUUACGCAAGAGAGGGGUGUUUUUUUUUCUCUCUCUCUCUCCUUUCAUUUCCAGCGUGCAACAAUUAAAUGCAUCUUGAUCCGCUUAAUUUGACAGGAGGAAAUUUGUCUAAUAGCUUUGAAGAAUCAACAGUUCUUUUUUCUUCUCUCCUGAACGGGAUUUUAUUCAUUUCUUUUUUUCUUUUUUUCUUUCUUUUUGCAGUGCAGCUCUCGCUGAAGUCAUUCUCCGUCUCGUAGCCUACACGGCAAGCAAGCAAGGACAGGAGAGCAUCAGCAGCGAGAGAGAAAGGUGCCUCCUCUCCUCUCCUCUCCUCUUCUCUCCUCUCCUCCUCGCCAUUGCGCUCAUUGUGUCGCUGCUGAAUCGAUGUCAGUGCGAACGCUCCUGUAACCGGAGGCUGCUGGAAGCGCAGGGACAAACCCACGGACAAACCUAUGCGUGGAUUCCGGCUCUUUUUCCCUUCGCCAAUGCAAAAGGAAAUAUGCAGCGAAGCGUCACCUUGCUCUACACCAGUUUACUGGGGAUAUGCUUGGGUUCGGGUUCAAGUUUCCCAAGUAACAUCAAUAUAGGAGGAUUGUUCCCCAACGUUUCGCACGAAUAUGAGGUGUUCCGGUUCGCGCUCUCUCACCAUCAGGACAUCCCCAAACUGGUGCCGCAGGUGGAUAUGGUCCUAAUGGGAAAUAGCUUCUCCAUGACAUAUGCCUUUUGCUCCCAGUUCUCCAAAGGCGUGUAUGCCAUCAUUGGCCUCUACGACAGGAAGACCGUCAACAUGCUUAUGUCGUUCUGCGGAGCUCUUCACGUCUGCUUCGUCACGCCGUCCUUCCCCAUCGAGACAGCUAACCAGUUUGUCAUCCAGUUGAGGCCUGAACUUCAGGACGCUCUGGUGGGAGUCAUCGAGCACUAUGGAUGGACCAAGUUCGUCUAUAUGUACAGCUCUGACUCGGGGCUUUCGGUGCUGCAGAAGGUUCUGGACACGGCAGCGGAGAAGAACUGGCUGGUGACCUCAGUCAAUGUGGAGAGCAUGACGGGGGCGUCCUUCUUGAAAGUGUUCCAGGAUUUGGACAAGAGGAAGGAGGGACAGAUUAUCAUUGACUGUGAGACUGAGCGACUCACUGGCAUUCUCAAAGAGAUUGUGGAACAAGGAAAGAACGCAAAGAGCUACCACUACAUCCUCGCCAACCUGGGUUUCCUAGACAUCGACCUGACAGACCUGAGGAAAGGUGGUGCCAACAUCACUGGCUUUCAGCUUGUUAACAACUCCGAGCCGAGCGUGAGCCGCAUUGUCCAGCAGUGGAUGGAGUUCGACAACAAAGACUCCAAAGUGCCCAAAACUGGACUCAAAUACAUGGGCGCACUAACAUAUGACGGGGUGAAAGUCAUGUCCACAGCCUUCCAGAAUCUGAGGAGACAGAGGAUAGACAUCUCUCGUCGCGGCAACGCUGGAGAGUGUCUCGCCAACCCACCAGCCCCUUGGGGACAGGGCAUAGACAUCCAGAGAGCCUUGCAGCAGGUUCGCAUUGACGGAUUGACCGGUCACAUCCAGUUUAAUGAGAAGGGCCGCAGGACCAACUACACCGUUAGUGUCAUGGAACUGGCCCCAUCUGGACCCAAGAAGGUUGGCUACUGGAAUGAAGAUGAGAAGUAUGUGACCACAGCGAGCCUCAUAAGGGCCAACAAUGACUCACAUGGACUGUUGAACAGGACGUACAUAGUCACCACUAUUUUGGAGUCUCCCUAUGUGAUGUUGAAGAAGAGCCACGAUCUGCUCUCAGGGAAUGAUAAGUACGAAGGCUACAUUGUAGAGCUGGCUGCAGAGAUAGCCAAGCAUGUGGGUUACCAGUACAAGCUGAAGAUUGUUUCCGACGGCAAGUACGGAGCCAGAGAUCCUGAAACCAAGAUGUGGAAUGGCAUGGUUGGAGAACUGGUCUAUGGGAAAGCAGAUCUGGCUGUCGCUCCUCUUACUAUUACCCUUGUCCGCGAAGAGGUGAUAGACUUCUCCAAGCCGUUCAUGUCUCUGGGCAUUUCCAUCAUGAUCAAGAAACCCACCAAGUCCAAGCCUGGUGUCUUUUCCUUCCUGGACCCUCUGGCGUACGAGAUCUGGAUGUGCAUCGUGUUCGCCUACAUCGGCGUCAGCGUCGUGCUCUUCCUCGUCAGUCGGUUCAGCCCUUACGAGUGGCACGCCGAAGACUAUGAGGAGGGAGCCGAGCCUCAGACUCCCACGCAAGCGGCGGCCUCCAACGGGGUGCAGUCGAGCCAGACGCCGACGCAACAGAAUGCCAACCAGCAGAGUCCAGAACAGACCAACGAGUUUGGCAUCUUCAAUUCGCUUUGGUUUUCACUCGGCGCCUUCAUGCAGCAGGGUUGUGAUAUCUCACCACGGUCUCUGUCCGGUCGCAUUGUGGGUGGCGUCUGGUGGUUCUUCACCCUGAUCAUCAUCUCCUCCUAUACGGCCAACCUGGCUGCCUUCCUGACAGUAGAGAGGAUGGUGUCUCCUAUAGAAAGUGCUGAGGACCUGGCUAAGCAGACCGAGAUCGCCUACGGAACGCUGGAUGCCGGCUCCACAAAAGAGUUCUUCAGG